GCGUGCUCAAGCGUCGUGCAUGCAUUUUUUAUGCGUUUCGUUUCCUCUCAAAAUCUCUUUCUCCUCUUUCUCUUGCAUGCUCUCUCUCUUCAUCAUCUCCUCCUCUCUCUCUCUCUCUCUCCGACCCAUAAUUUUAAUUUUACAUCGAAAAAAUAAACGAAAAAACAAAACAAAAACACAAACCUCGUCGCCGUUACAGUCCCCUCCUCUCUCUCUCAAUUCGCCGUCUUCUUCUUCUACUCCCCACCGUGAGUUUCACUCAACCUCCUCUGAUAUCUAACGCUGACUUAGAUUGACCCACGUGGAUAUGCAUGUUCGUGACUCCAAUUCACGUCGAUUCCACCUCCGAUUCGUCUCUCCGGCGCCGUUAGGGUUUUAAGAUUUUUCCGAUUUCAAUUUGCGAAAAAUCCGGUGUGGGAAAGGUUGUGACUUUUGAGGAUGUUUGAAGUCAAAACGGGGUCAAAGGUGUGCAUGAACGCAUCUUGUGGCUCGACCUCUACUGUUGAAUGGAAGAAAGGCUGGCCUCUUCGAUCUGGUUCUCUCGCUGAUCUCUGCUUUCGUUGCGGAUCGGCUUACGAGACUUCUCUGUUCUGUGAAACAUUCCAUUUGGAGCAAUCUGGUUGGAGGGAUUGCUAUUUAUGCAACAAGAGACUUCAUUGUGGAUGCAUUGCCUCUAAGCUCAUGGUCGAGUUUAUGGACUAUGGUGGUGUUGGUUGUACUUCCUGUACUAACUGCCAUCAACUCAAUCUGAAUAAGAGAGGUGAGAAUCCAGUUGUGUUUAGCAGAUUGGCAAUGAACAGCCAACAUACAAAUGGAGAAAGUGGAAUUAGUAGUAUAAGAAGCGAAGCUGAUCUCUUUUCUCAGCCACUAGUCCCUGGGGAUGAUAAAAGAGAAGAGUUCAUGGCUCAGCGUGGGUUUGCUAAUUUUAUGAAACCAGAUAAUAAUAAUGCUGGGGAAAUGCAUGAACCGUCAUCAACACCUUCACAGCCAUCUUUGAAUAUGGCUUUGGCAACACUUCCUUAUAGCCCAUCUUUUGCAACCCCUGUUGUUGAUGGGAAGACACUCAUGGGUGCUGCUUCUCAAUCUCAGUCCCACAUUGGCCAAUGCUCUGCUUCUAGUAUACUUCAAAAGCCUUCAAAAUCUGUCCCUGGAACUCCUCCUGGGACUAGCAAAUCUGCUCAGGCCCGGAUCGGUAGGCCUCCAGUAGAAGGGCGUGGGAAAGGCCAUUUGCUUCCUCGGUAUUGGCCAAAAUACACUGAUAAAGAGCUUCAGCAGAUCUCUGGAAAUUUGAAUUUGAACAUUGUACCUCUUUUUGAGAAAACUCUUAGUGCAAGUGAUGCCGGUCGCAUUGGUCGUCUUGUUCUUCCAAAAGCAUGUGCAGAGGCUUAUUUUCCUCCCAUUAGUCAAUCUGAAGGCAUUCCUUUGAAGAUUCAAGAUGUGAGGGGUAAGGAGUGGACGUUCCAGUUCAGAUUCUGGCCCAAUAACAACAGUAGAAUGUAUGUCUUAGAAGGUGUCACUCCCUGCAUACAGUCCAUGAUGCUACAAGCUGGUGAUACAGUAACUUUCAGCCGGGUUGAUCCUGGUGGAAAACUAAUCAUGGGUGCCAGGAAGGCAGCUUAUACUGUAGACAUGCAGGGGUGUGGUCUCACCAACGGUACUUCGAACGAGGACACAUCAUCCUCUGGUGUUACAGAGAACCCGACCUCUAUAAAUGCUUCCUCGUGUCCAUCACAAACUCCUGAAGAACUGAAAGGUUUGCCUGAGCAUUUGAGCUUGAAGAAGAGUGAGAUGAAUGGAGGGAGGAUUUGCGAUGAUCCUUCACGUGUUAAAGACAAGAAGAGGACUCGAACCAUUGGGGCCAAAAAUAAGAGACUGCUUUUGCAUAGUGAAGAGCUGAGAGUCACUUGGGAAGAAGCUCAGGAGUUGCUUCGUCCCUCUCCUAAUGCAAAGCCCACCGUUGUCGUCGUCGAGGAUCAUGAGUUUGAAGAGUUUGACGAACCUCCUGUCUUUGGAAAGAGAACUAUAAUUACUUCAAGACCUUCAGGUGAACAAGAAAGAUGGGCAUCGUGCGAUGACUGCACUAAAUGGAGAAGGUUACCUGUAGACGCUCUUCUCCCCGCAAAGUGGACAUGUUCAGACAAUGUUUGGGACGUGAGCAGGUGUUCGUGUUGUGCACCUGAGGAGAGUCUUAAAGAUCUUGAGAAUGUUCUUAGAGCCGGAAAAGAGUACAAGAAGAGAAGAAUCCAGGCGGCAAAAACUGAGGAAGAACCGUCAGGUCUGGAUGCACUAGCGAGUGCGGCUAGUGCAGCAGUCUUGGGAGACGCUCUAGGAGGCGACUCAGAGGUUGCGACCACGACGAGACAUCCAAGACACAGGGUUGGAUGCUCUUGCAUAGUGUGCAUUCAGCCGCCGAGUGGGAAAGGUAGGCACAAGCCCACGUGUGGGUGUACGGUGUGCAGCACGGUGAAGAGAAGGUUCAAAACGUUGAUGAUGAGGAGGAAGAAGAAGCAGUUAGAGCGCGAUGAAAUAGCAGCAGCAGCAGAAGCAUAUGAGGAGCACAACAACAAGGAAGCGGCGGAACAGGGUGAGACUGAUGAGAAUAACGGAGAGAAGGAAGGGAGGAUUGAUCUGAACUGUGAUCCUUAUAACAGAGAAGACGUUGAAGCUGUGAAAGAGGAGAGUAAAAGAAGAGAAUGUUCGGGGGUGGCUGAUGAUGUUUUAGGAUUAACGGAGCUAGGAGGAGAGGCUGCAAGCUGUGAAGAGUUAAAAGCUGCUACCUAAUAUGAAGAAAACAAAAAAACUAAACUCAUAGCUACCUUAUCUUAAUAUGUUCUGUAAUGAAGGACACCAAGAGGAGAAGAGUACAGUUUUGUGUUUGAUUUUUUCAUAGUUUUAGGCAGAAACAAGCUUUUGCAUUUUUGUUUUUGGUUUUUAUGGUCUUUGUUGAGUUUGGUGGUGGUGGGUUUUAGGCUGUCUCCAUCGAUCUAGGUUUUGCAUGUGUUAAAAUGGAGCUUUGGUGUUUGGUGAUGAAACAGUUGAAUUUGUUGUUGUGUUUCAACCUUACAUGGAAAGCAUUAGGUUUAAACUUUA